AUCUUUAAAUUUCUCGUGCGCACCAGAAACUUUCUGGUGAGCACGAGAAAUUUUCUGGUGCUCACGAGAAACUUUCUGGUGCGCACGAAAAACUUUCUAGUGCGCACGAGAAAGUUUCUGGUGAGCACGAGAAAGUUUCUGGUGCGCACGAGAAACUUUCUGGUGCGCACAAGAAACUUUCUGGUGAGCCCGAGAAGUCAAGACUAGUGAGAAUGGAUGCCAAGGAGGAGGUAUUCAUCUUCCUGAAAACCCAAAGAAAUUUACCGGAUAGUGUUAUCAACAAACUUAAAGAUGAUAAGAUCGACAUUAAAGUCAUAAACGUUAUGACUGAUGACGAAUUAAAGCAGUAUAUAGAGAUAUGGGGACCGACUCGCACUGAGAGCAUUUUGUCGUCAAGGAACUGAGACAAAAGAAAGUGGAGUGAAACCCAGUCUCAUACAGAGAGUAAGAGACAGACUAAGGGAACGGGAACAACUGAAAACAUCUGCCGACAAUGGCACCGCAGCAGGCCCAAGCCGUAAAGUUGGCAACAGCUAUGCAACCAAAGACAACCGACGGAUUGAAAUGGGAUGGCUCCACUACGAUAAAGUGGAUUUUCAUCAAGUCAGAACAAAACAUGGAGGUGGAACACGGCACCUGACUGUUGAGAAAACCGUUACUAUGGAGGAGCUACUGGAGAUUGGCAAAGGCUUGUUCUUUCCAAAUGGACAAUCUUCGAAAGGACUGGUUGAAGGCCUUCAAUUUGAUAUCCGGGAUUUCAGUCACAACCCUGUACCCCUUGAGAGCACGGUGAGCCAGCUAUACGACCAGACUAAACUACGAAUGCUACGCAUCUAUACCUGCUCCAGACAAAAGGAUCAAAUUGACCCUGAGGACGUCUCAAUACUUCUUUCUGAUACAUCAUCGGACUUCGAGCCUACAAAGGAGAGUCCAAUGAAGGUAACAUAGCUGUGCAAAUCUAUAAUUUGCUAAUUUAUUUGUAGACCAGGAAAGUGCAGAGGCGAUCUCUAAGGAAAAAACCAGAAAAUACCAAUCCGAGAAAACUGGAAAUGAUCAUCAGGUGGACCAUCUACAGAGAUCUUCCAAUUCAGCACCCAGUGUUUCAACAGAGAGAAACGAUGAAAGAACAGGAGAACCAAUAAUUCAAGACCAGCCCCUCCUCGCAGAGGUCCUCAACUCACCAUCUUACGAUGAUGUUGGGAUUCAUUCUGGCCACUCCACGAGUAGGCUUGGAUCUGAAGAAGAGUAUGUAAUGACUGGGUCAUAUCAAGAUGCAGAAGAGUUGCCCUGUGAAGACUCCGAUUUCCGUCUCGCCUUUGACAUCCAGGAAACUCUUGAAGACUCUGAAGUACAAUUUGGACCCAUUUCUGAUUAUGAUGGUGAUGAUCAAGACUACACUCUUCCCUGGAAUCCACACGACCUCACCACCACGCAGCAUUCAUCACUGAACGACGGACCUGUAUUGUUAAACAGUAUUCCUGCAUCACCAGAAAAAAAUGAAAAAGAAGUCCAGUAUGUGAAAUUAAGACGAGUAAGCAUAGUUCAAGAUGUGCUUAAUGUCUUCAUGGACCCCAAAGUACUCACGGUUAAUCUAAAAAUGGAGUUAAAAAAUGAGAGAGCGGUGGACAGUGAUGGUGUAUCAAGAGAGGUGUACUCUGCGUUCUGGGAACACUUCUUGGAACAGUGUGAGGGGGAAGAUGAACGAGUGCCCAGAUUGCAACCAGACUAUUCUGAGAAGGAAUGGCAAGCUGUUGGAAGAGUUUGGUUGAAAGGAUAUUUGGACCACAACAUCCUCCCAAUCAGACUGUCACCAGCUUUUAUUCUUGCCUGUUGUCAAGGAGUCAGUUCAGUGGAUGAAGAACUCUUGAUGAUGUCAUUUGCCAGGUUUCUUUCAGUGUCUGAGCGAGCAUCGGUUGAACAAGCACUACAGGGCAACAUGGAUGAAACUGCUGAGGAGGACUUACUUGACCUUUUCUCAAGGAUGGGCUCACACAUCCUGCCUUCUAAAGACAACCUCCAGCCUGUCAUUUUAACAAUGGCACACAAAGUUCUUCUUCAAGAGCCAAAGUUCAUAAUUGACUGUUUCCACUCCAGUAUUCACUGUAUUCACAAUGCUGUCCCCAUGUCCAUAACAAAAGACAGCAUAAUGGAACUUUAUGAAUCUAAGAGGCCAACAAACAAGAAAGUAGCCAAGAUAAUAAAGCCAUCAAGUGAGAACCUGAAUCAACAGGAGCAAACAGCACUUAACCACCUGCUGCGGUAUGUGAGAAGCACUGACCAAAAAAAACUUGAGAUAUUCUUGCGCUUCUGCACAGGAUCCACAGUACUGUGCAAAGGCACAAUCAAAGUAACUUUUAACAGGUUGUGUGGUUUAAGUCGCAGGCCUGUGGCACACACAUGUGGAGCAGUUCUUGAAUUGCCAUGCACCUACAGUUCAUACCCAGACUUUCGUGCAGAGUUUGACAGCAUCCUAUCUGGCAAUUGCUUUGAAAUGAAUAUUUUGUAAUGGACGGACGGGAUCUUACACACUGCUAUGUCCAUCUUCAAAGUUACAUUAUGUAUCUGAUGGCAGUGUCCGGAUCCUUUGCAUAGACCAUUGCUAUUAGUUUAACAUUGUCAGCACUGUCAUUGCCGCAAGACAUGAAUAAGAGUUACACAACUCAUCUGAAAAAGGAAUGUUAUUGCCAAUUUAAUGUUCAUUGGGAGUCUGAAACUGUAUUCAAGUCCAAAAUACAAGUUUUGUUUAUGCAUACUGAUGAGUCUGUCAGACCUGUGUUUAUGUGUAUGCAUUAAUUUACCAGGCAUGUGCAAAUGUUACAUGUUCAUGUGCAUAUUUUAUGCAGUUGAAAUACUGUACAUGUCAGAAUUUGAUAAAAUGGCUGUGAGUGCACAUUCCAUUUCGAAAGGGAUGGCUAUUUUGGUUGGAGCCACAUAGCAAUAGCAAAAUAUUGUUAAAUAAAAAAAACUUAAUUCUUCAUUCAUAA